CUGGGCUUUCUUGCCGCUGUGCUUGGAGGGCUUUAUCUUCUUGGGGUGUUUAGACAGCGGCAACCUGGAGAACCCCCUUUGGAUAAGGGGCUCAUACCCUGGCUGGGUCAUGUCUUAGAGUUUCGCAGGGACACGGCCAAGUUUCUAGAGAGGAUGAAGAAAAAGCACGGCGAUGUGUUUACGGUACAGCUGGGAGGGUUUUAUAUAACGUUUCUUCAGGAUCCGCUGUCGUUUGGGGCAUUUGUUAAGGAGAGUCGAGAAAAACUGAACUUCAACAAGUUUGCUCAGCAAUUGGUACGAAGAGUGUUUGGUUACUCAUCUAUAGUGGAUGACCAUGAGAUUCUCCAGAUGUCCAGCAACAAGCAUCUGAAGGGGGAUGGCCUGGAAUUAAUGACACAAGCCAUGAUGAGUAAUUUGCAGAACCUGAUGUUGCACAACAUCGGCACAGCUGCAGACCAAAGAACCUGGAUGGAGGACGGACUGUUUAUGUACAGCUACAAUAUUGUUUUUAGGGCCGGCUAUUUAUCUCUGUAUGGAAAUGAGCCACACAAGUCAGCGGGAAGUGAGGAGAAAGCCAAAGGGAACGACAGAGCUGAAUCAGAAGCCUUAUUUCAUGAGUUUCGUAAAUAUGACCAGCUCUUUCCCAACCUGGCGUAUGGGGUCCUGCUGCCAAGGGAAAGGCUGGAAUCAGAGAGGCUGCUGAGAUACUUCUGGAACAGUCUGUCAGUGCAGAAAAUGAGGACCAAGGACAACAUCAGUCGCUGGGUGUGGGACAUCCAGCAAGCCAAAGCGGAGAGGGGCAUGGAGGAGUUUAUGAUAAGCAGGUACAUGUUUGUGCUUCUUUGGGCCUCACAGGGCAACACAGGAGCCUCUUCAUUCUGGCUGCUCCUCUUCCUCAUGAAACACCCAGAAGCCAUGAGAGCAGUGAAGGAAGAGGUGGAUAAGGUUCUGAAGGAAUUUGGACAAGAAGUCAAACGUGAUAGCCCUUUAAUUAACCUGACCCGUGAAAUGCUGAUGAAAACCCCAAUCCUGGACAGUGCUGUAGAAGAGACCCUCCGCCUCACUGCUGCACCCCUCCUCACCAGGGCAGUGCUUCAGGAUAUAACCCUGAAGAUGGCUGAUGGGCGUGAGUACUUCAUUCGCAAGGGUGACAGAAUGGCAAUGUUUCCAUACAUUGCCGUUCACAUUGACCCAGAGAUCCACCCUGACCCACAUUCAUUCAAAUAUGACCGUUUUCUCAAUCCAGACGGGAGCAAGAAAACUGACUUUUGCAAAGCAGGGAAGAGGGUGAAGUAUUACAGCAUGCCCUGGGGGGCUGGGGUCUCCAUGUGUCCUGGGCGUUUCUUUGCCACCAAUGAGCUGAAGCAGUUUGUUUUCCUCAUGCUGGUUUAUUUUGACUUUGAGCUGAAGAAUCCCGAUGAGAAGAUACCUGACGUUGACUUCAGGCGAUGGGGCUUUGGAUCGAUGCAGCCACAGAGAGACGUCCAGUUCAGAUACAGACUCAGAUAUUAAACCA